AUGGGCAGCGCCAGUGAUGCCUCGCCAGGCGGGCCGGCAGUAACAGCGACGGCGGCGGCGGCGUCAUCAUCUGCGGCUCGCCCGACGCCUGCUCCCUCCUUGGGCAAGCCUGCAUCCGUCAGCGCUUGCGGCACGUCGUCGGGUUUCAACGGGCCUCUGGGGCAUGCUGUACGCCGUACAAAGACCUUUGACGUUUCAGACUCUCUGCCCUCACGGCGGCGGCCAUCUCUCGCGAGUCGCUCUGAGGCUUCUUACGAUGGCACCCCACGGCGCAGCUCCAACUUCUCUGACUAUAGCUCUGAGGCUCGUGAUAUCCUCAAUCCUAGAGUCCAGGAGGGCACACAGGUCCCCGUCCCCGAGUCAUCGUCUCUCGCCUCGCUUUCUCUCGCGUUUGCGCUGCUUCCAGCCGUCGCGGGUGCCCUUUUCAAGAAUGGACACGCUGUUGUUACCGACGUGAUGCUGCUGGGGCUCGCGGGCGUGUUCCUCCACUGGUCUGUGACGCAGCCAUGGGUAUGGUACCACUCAGCCCAGCAAAUGCGCAUUGAAAAUGAGCCAGACAACGACAUUGUCAUCGAGGAUGACAGCGAAACAGACGGGCCCAACCCCGGCUCACCACUGGAUGAUGUUCCCGAGGAGGAUGAAGCACCUCGACUUGCGCCCAAAUCACGCUUUGAACAGAAACAGCCCUCCAAGCCGCAGCAAGCCGCGCUUCGCGAACUCUAUCGACACGAGGCUCUCGCACUGGUCGCCUGUCUUCUCCUCCCCCUCGUUAGCGCGUACCUUCUCCACGCCAUCCGCUCGCAGCUCAGCCGACCUUCCGAGGGUCUCGUUUCCAACUACAACUUAACCAUCUUUCUCCUUAUAUCAGAGCUGCGCGUUUUCUCCCACAUGAUAAAACUAGUGCAGUCGCGCACCCUCUAUCUACAGCGCGUUGUUCAUGGCAGCCCCUUUGCCCCGCCGGCCGGAGGUGUCAACAGUGCCGAGGUUGAGGACAUUGUCAGCCGCCUUCAGAGGCUCGAGGCACGCUCAGUCGCCGACGAGGCCAUGGCACUCGAGCAGGGUGGCGGGAGCCCGGAAUCGGCGCGCGUCAAGCAAGAGGCUCUCCUAACGCGCGACGUGCGCAACGCCAUCCAGCCGGAACUCGACGCGCUGAACCGCGCCGUACGUCGUUACGAGAAGAAGGCUACGCUGUUGCAGCUACAGACAGAGGCACGCUUCUCGGGGCUAGAUGACAGGCUCGACGACGCCAUCGCGCUCGCUGCGGCGGCGGAAAAGAACAGCGUAGCGAGCAGGAACCUCGUCGCACGCGCUGUAGAGUCAGUCACCGCCAUUGUGCUCUUCCCAUUUCACGCAAUGCUCCAGCUGCUCGUGCUCCCGCUCAGACCGCUCCUCGCUCUGGUUGGCGGCAACAAGCGGGGCAAGGAGCCCUCUUCGACGAAGCAGAUGCGUGGGAGCCGCACGGGCAAGGCGCCUGCGGUCCCACGAUACAACGGUGACAGGGUGCCGGGCCGAGUGAUGAAGCGAUAG